AUGGCCGCCGAAAAGAAGGAUUCCAAGAUCUGGGUCCAGUCUAACGACAACAUCACCAUCCCAGUUGAUCGUGUUGUCGCUGAGCGCUCCAUGCUCAUCAAGAACAUGCUCGAGGAUGUUGGUGACGACAGCAUCAGCCAGGAGAACCCUAUUCCCAUCCCCAACGUGAAUGAGGCAGUCCUUCGCAAGGUCAUCGACUGGUGCGACCACCACCGCAACGACCCCGUUCAGACCCAGGACGACGAGAACGAUGCUCGCAAAAAGACUACCGAGAUCGAGGAGUGGGACCAGAAGUUUAUGCAGGUUGACCAGGAGAUGCUUUUCGAGAUCAUCCUUGCUUCCAACUACCUUGACAUCAAGCCUCUACUCGACGUUGGUUGCAAGACCGUUGCCAACAUGAUCAAGGGCAAGUCCCCCGAGGAAAUCCGCAAGACCUUCAACAUUACCAACGACUUCACACCCGAGGAGGAGGAGCAGAUUCGCCGUGAGAACGAGUGGGCCGAGGAUCGCUAA